GAACCAGCGUCGUUGUUAGAUUGAUAAUUUAUCCGUUAUACUAAAGUGCACUUCUUGAUAUUGUAAAGAGUAUAUAUAUAUACACAUGUUAAUUUUAUAAAAAAAACAUAUUGUAUAUGUUGCUCGCUAAUAACUAUGUUUUAUUCUGUCCUUCGAACACACAGCUUGAAGCAAAUACCGGAUUAGGUUUGUGGUGAUUAAAAACUAAGUUAAAACUGCUUAGAUAUUUGAUCCUUGGAACUGACUUUGCAGACAGUAGGAACACAAGAAACAUGAUGAUACUGUUAAUGCUGUUUGUUCUAGCUGGACUACCAAAGACUUGGUGUUUACCAUCAUGCUCUGAAUUUGCUUCCCUUACAUGUACUUAUACAAACUGUCCUUCAUUAGUAGUAACCUGUAACCCUGGAUUUGAUCUACCUUCUGUGACAAAGACCUUAAAAGGUAGGAAGGUAGAAAUACUUCAUUUAAAGGGAUAUGACAAUCCAGUUUUACCUGGAGGAGUCUUUACAGGUAAUCAAAUAAAAAAAUUGGUUCUGGAGUCACCUACUAUUAAGAUCCUUGUUAAUCCUGAAAAUACUCAAGUGUCCCCAUUUGCUGGUCUGGAAGAUCAGCUGGAAGUGUUGGAAGUUAUCAAAGCAAAAGAUGCUUUCUCUUGGAUGUGGGAACACGUAGCUCCACUUCGUACUCUAAAGAAGAUAAUAUUUUCUGAAAGUGGAUUAUUUUACAUUUCAGACUACUUUCUGAAAGUUUUCCCCAACAUUAUGGUCAUUGACCUACAGGCUUGUAAUGUGCACUGGAUUGACAAAAAUGCUUUUAGGCAUCUCAAAGAUAUCCGAAUGAUUUCGUUAAAACGUAACAGUCUGAAAAAAAUUCAACCAUCCUACUUUAGUGGACAAAACAAACUGUGGGAUCUUGAUUUAUCAUACAAUCAAAUUGAAAUCAUCCAAUCAAAAUCAUUUGACAAUAUGCCAGAGCUGUCUUCACUUCACCUGGACAACAACAAACUAACAGAACUUGACUUCAAAACUUUUCAUGGUGUAUGGAAGACAGUGCGACACCUAUGGCUUCAUGAAAACCCACUGCAUUGUAGCUACCCAGACAUCUGCUGGCUCAAAAAUACAACGUACCCCAUGUUUGCAGGCUCUGCUAAAUGUAGUUUUCCAAAAAAACUUGUUAACAGAAACAUUGCUUUCUUAGAGUUUUCAGAAUGUUAAAUGGAAGUUCCAAAAAGUUUUUUCUUCCCGAAUUAACCGAUGUUACAUUUUUAUUUUAAAUAUGAGUAAUUUGUAUAAAUAAAAUGUUUAACAUGUUCUAAAUGAAGAUAAAUUUCACGUUUUCUACACUAUCUUGAAGUGACAUAAUCAUUAUAACAUUAUCGUAAAAGCUUUGUAUUUAUUGAUUUGAACGCCAAUGAUUAUCAUUUUAAGCACUUUGGAUUUUAAUGCACUAUCAAUGAAAAAUUCUUUGUAGUAUACAGAUUUAAUUAUCAACAUUCGUCUUCAAAAUAUUUUUAAAGCUCAUUUGUACAUUAUAUUUGAUAUAUGUUUAUGUUUCCACAUAGUUUAUAAAACUGCAUAAAUGUAAUUAAAAUUAAUUAAAUUUUUGAUAUGUGGUAAUUUUACCCGCAUUUCUGGUAGAAGAGUUUGGACAAUGAAGUAUGUUAUAUAGGAAUAGAUGAUAUAAAGGUUUAUUGCAUAUAAUUGUGCAUAUAAAAUAUACCUCAUAAUAUAAAAUAUACCUUGUAACAAAUGAAGAACAAGAAUGACAUUUAUUGUCAGAUCUUGAUCUGAUUAAAAAUAAAAACACUAAAGCACAUUCAUGAUGUUAGAAAAAACACGUCUUGAUAGAAAUGAAUAAAAACCCUAUAACCCGAGCGCUUUCGAAAGGUGGACAUUUCUUCUUCAGAAGCAAACUGGGUAUUAUUUUUCGGAAACAUGAAAUUUAAUUUAUGUUUAUGUUAAAAACGAUAGGCUUUCAGGCAUAAUUUACACCCAUAGGAUUGUUAAUUAUCAUUAUCUGCGCGUUCCAAUGCACUGGUAGUUUCUAUUAUGUUUCCUCAAUAUGUUCUUCUAUUUCUCUCCUGUCAUUUAAGAUUUCUUAAUUUUUGGAUUAGUUCACAUGGAGUUUUUUAUGUUACUUGUAUUUGAAUGUGUGUCAAUAAACAUGUGUCUCGAA